AAAAACGAAUUUAAAAAAUCUAAGUCAAAAUAUAAUGUACGACAAUGUAAGCAUCAUGCUAGUGAACGCAGCUUUGAUUACGCGAAACAAAAAAAUUCGAACGCAUCCCUCUUUAGUCUAUGGAACAGCUGUAGAGAAAGUUGUAAACAAAGUGGCUGUGAAGAAAAUAGUUUGCCAAAAGAAAUUAAAAUAAGUGCAAUAUGGAGUCUCACAAAGCUGAAAAAAACCGUUCGAAAAAGCAAAUAAAGAAAAACAGUACAGCUUACUUGUGCCAACGAGAAAAAGCUAAUGGCAAAAAAAGAAAAUUUUUAGACAACAUGACAGAGGAAGAGAAGCAUAUUAAAAGGGCUAAGGGCAGAAAAUACUAUCAUAAAAAAAAACAAGAAAAGAAAGUGAAGAACAUAGCUGAGAUGACUGAACGAGAAAAGCGAAAGCAAAUAAAAAUAUGGAAAGAAGUUACAAAAAAAUACAGAGAAAAGUAGAAGGCAUUAUCUGGCAUAUUACACAAUACACCGCCACAUUUCGAUGAUGAUCUAGCUGCAUCAAGUUCAGUGAGAAAAACAGUAGGAAGACAAAUUAUGCGGAAGGAUAGAGCCAAAGCAUAUCGUUAAAUAAAACAACAAGAGAAAACCAUUGCUAAAAUUAAACGCAAAUAUGACACUUUAAAGAAAAGAUUAAGAAGAUAAGUAAAAAGAAAAGAAGUGAAAUCUCAGAACCCUACAACUCCCAAUAGCAAAGUUAACGCAUUGUGAGAAAACGUUGACGUACCUCCUGAAGUUCGCAAGAAUCUUUUAUUUAACGAAGUAUUGACUGCCCAAUUACAAGAUAAAGCCAAUACUUUGAGAACAAAUUCCAAAGAGAGGGUAGUUUUUCAAAAAUGUGUUAGCGGGAUUAUGGUAAUGCAAUACAAAUUGCUUCAUAAGGUUAAUAGUUUUUUGCCAAAAGAGUAGUAGUUGCCAAACCAGUACUAUUCUCAAAUCUGACGCCAAAAUUCAUGAGGUUGUUUUGAAUAAAGAAGUUCGCGAAAAAGUCAAAGAGUUCUUCAAAAGAGAUGAUGUCAGUAGGGUGUGUCCAGCCAAGAGAGAUUUCGUAAAGAAAAACGGGAUUAAGAAACAGAAAGCCUCCUUUCAUGUUCAGUUAAAGCACUAACGUUAAGAGUUUUACUUGGCUAUGAGACUAAAAAAAGUGAAUUAAUUGAGUUAAGAUUAAAUUAUUGUUAAGAAUAAAUAUUAUAGCAAAUAAAUAAAUAACAAUUACUUCCUAUAAUUUGGUUUAUUAUUCAAUUUAACUGUGAAUUAAACCCUAAUUGUCUGUAUAUCGUGAUUUGAUGAACGCCCUCAUCAUUUCGGGGAACACGUCUAAAAUCAAAGAAAUGCCAUUAUACCAUAAGUUAUUUAGGAAUAAAGCCUGGUAAUAUUGGAAACAGGCUGAAU